CAUGAGCCUCCACCCAUCUGUCAUGGCGCUCUCUAUAAACAUUUUCCGGUCUGUGUGACCAGCUUUACAGGAUUCAAAGUUUCUCCUUCCGAAGGGGCAUUUAUUUCACGACACUUGACCGUUUGGGAGAUUCUCCUCUUACCUCAGCAGCAAUCAUGUCGUCGGACACGAAAACGUUCUCCAACCCCGAGACGCCUGGUUACGUCGGUUUUGCGAACCUUCCAAAUCAAGUUCACCGGAAGUCUGUGAAGAAAGGAUUCGAGUUCACUUUGAUGGUUGUCGGAGAAAGUGGGCUCGGUAAAUCGACGCUAGUCAACAGCCUCUUUCUAACGGAUCUGUACCCUGAACGAAAUCUUCCAGAUGCCAGUGCGAAAGUGAAGCAAACUGUGAGUCUCGAUGCAUCAACUGUUGAAAUCGAAGAGCGCGGAGUAAAGUUACGGCUCACAGUAGUAGACACACCUGGUUUCGGAGAUGCCAUCGACAACACGGACUGCUUCAAGUCCAUCAUCCAAUACAUCGAAGACCAGUUUGAAAGAUUCUUGUGUGACGAGAGUGGACUCAACAGGCGUAACAUUACGGACAAUCGUGUCCACUGUUGUUUCUAUUUCAUUUCGCCUUUUGGCCAUGGUCUCAAGCCACUGGACAUCCAGUUCAUGAAGAUGCUUCACAACAAGGUCAACAUAGUUCCUGUAAUUGCCAAAGCAGAUGCCUUGACAAAGAAAGAAGUGAUGAAUCUCAAGAGGCGGAUAAUGCACGAGAUUCAUGAAAAUGGCAUUCGGCUGUACCCUCUUCCGGACUGUGAUUCUGAUGAAGAUGAAGAAUACAAAGAACAAGUCAAACAACUCAAGGAGUCCGUGCCUUUUGCAGUCAGUUCCUCUGUACAGUUGAUAGAAGUUAAAGGCCGAAAAGUCCGAGGACGCCUUUACCCAUGGGGCGUUGUAGAGGUGGAGAACCCUGAACAUGGAGAUUUCAUAAAGCUCAGGACCAUGCUUAUAACCCACAUGCAAGACUUGCAGGAAGUGACACAGGAGUUACACUACGAGAACUAUCGCUCCGAGCGCUUGGCUGGCAAGGCUCCUCCAGCAACAACGAAGAAGCCCACAGUGCUUGCAUCUGAGGAGAAGCUUUCGGAGAAGGACAGGAUUCUGCAGGAGAAAGAAGCUGAGCUGAAGAGAAUGCAGGAAAUGCUAAAAAAGAUGCAGGAACAAAUGCAGCAAGGAACAACCAAUGGCACAGAGCACCAGACUAAAGUUUAGCUGGCGCCACUCUUGCAGCAUUUUUAUACGCUCUCACAUGUUCUGACUGCCUUUUUUUUUUCUACCAGAUUCUCUUCAUCUGCCAACUGCGAGGACUACAUGUGCCCCUUUGCAGAGAAAAAGCUUCUCAGUCUGUUCUACACAUGAGUGCCUUGUUCUUAUAGAUUACCAACCAGGAAGUACCAGCAUAUGUACUAUUUUGUACUAUUUUUGAUUUUUUUAUGAAACUUUUAAGACUGAUGUACUCCAAUUGCUUUACAGGAAAGACUUUUGUAUGAAUAAAUAGGUGUUUAUAACACUUGCAUUGCA